AUGAAGUUCCUCUCCGUCGCAGCGACCAUGCUGCCUUUCGCUUCGGCGGCCAUGUUCACCAAGGAGGAGUAUGAUUCCGGUGCUGUUAUGCAGUUGAUGAUGGAGGCCAAGGAGUCCGCUUGGGCCGCUCACCGUGGCGCCGGCGAUUACGAGAGAAUCGGCAAGAAGAUGAAGGGCUUUGGCAAGAAGCGUCCUCACAGCGGCAAGAUUCCGUGCAGAGGCGGCAAAGUCGAGGCCGUCAAGGGCGAUCCUUCGCAGACUUAUAAGUGCAAGGAUAUCGAUAUGUACGACUUCCAGACCCACGCCGAACUCGGCAGCAAUGGAGGCGAAGGCUCCGGGUCCUGGGGCUGGACUCACCGCGGCCGCGACUUCAUCGCCAUCGGCCAAACGGACGGCGCCUCAUUCUCCGAGGUCACCAAAGAUGGCAAACUGGUCUACCUUGGCCGUCUCCCACCGAACGCCGACCCUGUAAUCUGGCGUGAGAUCAAGGUCAAUGGCGACUACCUCAUUGUUGGAUCCGAGGGUGUCGGCCACGGAGUGCAGAUCUUCGACAUGAAGAAGUUGCUGAACAUUGAUCCAAGGAGCCCAAAGACGUUUGCGACGACUGAUGUAACGGGACUGUUCAUCGAUGGGUUGCCCGCUGGUCGAAGCCAUAACGUCGUGGUCAACGAGGAACUCAACUACGUCGUUGCUGUCGGCGCCGCUCCUCGAACGACCGCCUGCAAAGGCGGGUUAAUCUUCAUCAAUGUCGAUGAUCCGUCCAAGCCAUACACAACCGGCUGCUCGCCACAAGACGGCUACGUCCACGACGCUCAGUGUAUCGUCUACCGCGGCCCCGACAAGAAGUACAACGGUAGAGACAUCUGCUACGGCUACAAUGAAGACACCCUCACAAUCUACGACGUAACCAACAAAACCGGCCCCAACGCCGGCUCCAUCAUCUCCCGCACCCCCUACGUCGGCGCCUCCUACUCCCACCAAGGCUGGGUCCUCGACGCCAACUGGCAAACCCACCUCCUCCUCGACGACGAGCUCGACGAAGGCUUCAUCUCCCCCGCCCGCACAAACCCCGACUCCCCAUCCAAAGACGGCUUCCCAGCAACCUACAUCUUCGACAUCAGCAACCUCGAGAAACCCGUCAACACGGGGUAUUACAAGUCGAAAGUCCGCUCGGUGGAUCACAAUCAAUUCGUCGUUGAUGGACUGGCGUAUCAGUCGAAUUAUCAGGCUGGGUUGAGAGUGUUGGAUGUUAGUUCGAUUCCGGGGACGCCGGAUGGGAGUGAGGUUGAGGAGAUUGCCUUCUUUGAUGUUUAUCCUGAGGAUGAUGAGAAUGAGGGUGGCGGGAUUGCCGAUUGGAGUUUUGGGACUUGGAGUCAUUAUUCGUUUGAGAGUGGGUGGAUUGUGAUUAAUACGAUCGAUCGUGGUGCUUUCGUCGUCAAAAUGGCGAAGUUUUCUGGCCGAGGCAAGGGCAAGAAGCAUGGCACGCGGUUCUAG